AUGUCCUUGCCGACGUGGGCCUUCGAGGGCGAUGUCGGCCUCCAGUGCGUUGGGCUUGUGCUGGCGUCCGCCGUCGGGGUGCUGCUCUACUACCUUCCGCUGCGCAUCCUGCAGCAGCAACGCAACACCCGGGCCCUGAUGUUGCUGGAGCCCAACGCCAAGGCAGCUUCCGCCGGCCUGAUGCUCUACUCGUGCUUUGGCAUGCUGCAGCCACACCUCCCCAGCGGGCUCCGCACCUGUUUGGGCGCACCGCCGUCCUCUGGUGUGCUUUGCUUCCUCGGCGGCGCGGCCAUUGGCAGCGGGCUCGUGUUCCACAUCAGCCGGCACUAUGGCGACGCCAGCCCUAAUGCCGCAAAUGCGGCGGUGCUUGCGCACGGCAUCGCCGAGGGAGCGGGGUUGGGCCUUCUUGUGGGCAGCCCGGGGUUUGACGCCGUCUUCCGCGGGCAAGUGCUCCACGGCGUGCCGGAUGGCGCGCUUGUGGCGAUGGUGUCGCUCGGGCGCUACGGCCUAUUGCGUGCGAUGCGCACCGCGCUGUUCGCGCGUCUUGCGCAAGCUGCGGCAUACUACGCGGCCGCCGUCUACCUGCCGCCCGUCCCCGAGGAUGUGGCGCAAAUCGCGGAAGGGGUGGCGCUUGGCUCGAUGGCCGCCAUGGUAUGGGAGGAGCUUGCCAAACCUGCUCGCGACGCGCUGGGGGGCAAAACGGCCAUACUCAUCAUCGCCGCCGCCGCAGGGGCCAGCGCCGCCGCUUGUUAG